AUGAAAAUAGCAGGAAUUUCACUGAAAAAAGCGUUAUUCCAAAGAUGUGACUCUGCCUUAGUGGGAGCGUUUCUUUUUGUUAUUGGGAGUGUGGUCUCCAAAUUGUCAAGUUUCGUCCUUAAUAUUUAUCUGGCAAAGAAGAUAGAUCCAGAGUUAUUUGGAAUCGGUUUUGUAAGUAUUGCGUUAAUUACGAACUUAUCUCAAUCCUUAAACAAGAAAUGUUUUCGGAGAGUGGCUCUUUCUGAGACUACCCAACUGAACAAAGAAGAGAAUUCUUAUCAUAUUAUUUUACAGAGUAGUAUCAAUGUAUGUUGGCUUUCUAUUGCAUUAACAAGCAUCCUUUCCUUGGUAAUGAGCUUAAUCUGGAUGUCAAAUCCUCCUUCAAACAUAGUUUUGGACAAUAGGCUUGUCAAACAGUUUAAUAUUUCUGUAAUAUUGGCAGGAAUCUCUUCGAUUAUUGAAUCUAUUUCUGAGCCUUUAAUCUUUAACCUAAUUAAAAAAGAGCAGGUAUUCCUCAGAAGUGUCAUUGAAAUGUUUUCCGGUAUAUCCAAGAGCGUAUUACUCAUAUUUUUUGUAAUAUUCAAACGUUCCAAUUUGGACAUUCUCUACUACUCUAUCGGCCAGUUUAUAUACUCCUCAGUUUUUCUUGUCUCAACUUUGUUCGCCUGUUUCAAGACUUCCGGCUGGUCCAAAGAUCUCAUCAUUCUCCCAGGGGCCUUAGGGACAUCCUCCAAAUCACAGUUUUUUCUGAAAAACCACAAAAAUAUACUUAAACAACAAAUUCUCACCAGCAUCCAAUCAACUGUUUUACAGGAAACUGACAAAAUACUCUUACUUCGCCUUUUUUCCGCCAAAGAAUGGAGUGACUACGGAGUUAUCUCCAACCUGGCCAACAUUGUUACUAGGGUUCUAUUUGCUCCAAUUGAAGAAAUUGCAACAGAACGCUUCAGAGAAGUUAAGCUUGACACUAAUAAUAGUAAGUCAAUGAACCACUUUCAAGUACAACUUACCCCACUCAGAGAGCUCCUGUUUUUCUCUACCUCCAUUGGGAUCCUAGCAAUAUGUUUUGGUCCACCAGUUUCCAAAAACCUCCUCAGUAUUUUAUUUGGCCAAAACUGGGUCAGGCCUGAAAAUAUUCAGCUAUUCUCAGCCAAUCUCUACAUACUUGGAAUACUCUCUAUCCAUGGAAUCCUUGAAACUUUUAUGCUCUCUUUAGGCGGCAUGGACCAAAUUUCUGCAUACCGGCGGGGACUAACACAGAGAUACCUAGUUUAUCAAAUUGGGAUACACCCAGAGGUCAGGAAACUACUCAGAAACGAUAUAGGUGAGCUACUCAUUAGUUUUUUGGUUGCACUCUGCUCCCUAGCUAUUUCACUCCCCUCAAUCCUCCGAAUUCUUAAAAAAUCACACACUGAUAAGCAUAAAUAA